CUGCCUUCAUUUUUCUCCCCUUUUCUCACUUCGCCACUUCUCUUUCGGCUAUUGUUAUGUUAUGGGCCGGGUUCCGGAGGAGUUUCCGGCCGAAUCUCUGGAUAUUGCCAUAUUGAAUUCCCUCAUUAAUGCCUCUUUCACACCACACUGAUUCCUAAGGUAGUGUCUCAGUCAAUGCCGUGAGACCAAAUCAGUCUCUUCCGGCUGUUUUAUUAGAACCGCCGCUGCAUUCAAGAAACCCAGCAUUAAAGAUCUUUUUUUUUGCCUUUUCGCAUUCUUAGCCACCUUAUCCCUGGUUUGUAAAGAUCGGAUUUUGAGGGUUUGGGUAGUUCUUGACACAAUGGCUGCUCAGAGAAGAAGGGCGUUCGACCCUGUGAUUGGGGUCAGUUUUAGAGGACGCGGCGCGAUGGGGAUGCCUGCGGGAUUCUUCUCUGUCUCACAAGAUGAAUCUGACAUGGACACUGAUUCGGACGACGAGGUUGGGGUGGCGGGUUUUUCGUACGAGACAUCACCUCAGGACGACAAGAUUCCUAAUGGAAGGCGGAAGGGUCCCCCAAAUGGUCCUCAGCAGUGCCCUACACGGCCUAUCUUCAGUGAGGGCAUUCCUAGUGCUCCACCCUUUGCUGGAUCCUAUGAUUCUUUCAACCGAACUACUGAUCAGUUUAAGAGUUUUGAGGCAGAAGUUACUGACAUGUCCCGCGGUUCUUCGGCAGCCACCACAAGCACUAGCACAUCGCAGGGCACGGAUAAAAGUAGAAUGCCCGAUUCAUCCGAGAGGUCCGCUGUUGUAUCCAAUACUCAUGUGUUUUCUCAGUUUCCUACAUACCAUGCAAGUGGGCGAGGUACAUGGCAUGUUUUCAUUUCCUAUGAGGCAUGCCUACGCCUUUGCCUCCAUUCAUGGGGAAAAGGCUGCACGGAAGCUCCAGUAUUUUUGGAAAAUGAAUGUGAUUUAUUACGAAAUGCAUUUGGCUUAAAGCAGGCGUUACUGCAGCCAGAAGAAGAUUUACUGAGGAGAAUGUCUUCAGAUCUUGUCAGUGAGGGAGCCAUAGUUAAAACAAAGAAGACUUUUGGCAAGUUGAAAGUCCAAGUGCGCAGAGUGAAAAUGGGAUUCGAACCACCAAAUGGGUGCAGCUUUUCCUCUAUAAAACCAUCAAAAGAGAAGAUUGAUUCACUUCGUUUUCAGAUUUCCACCGUAAAAUCAACACUAAGUUCUGAGUGGGGAGCGAUAAGGAAACUCCGUGUUUCUCCUAGGCUUCCUCCAAAUGCCCCUUUUUCGCAUCAAAGCUUAGCAGUUUUGCAUGCUGGUACUCGGUAUAUGAAAGAUGUAUCUGGAAUUUUAAAACUUGGUUAUACUACCUUUAGAAGCACUUCAAAAUCAUACGAAGUGGUGCCAGAAACAUAUUCAUGUUUGUUGAGGGUGAAGAGUUUACCCGAGGUGGAAGCUGUCAAAAUGCAGGCUGGAUCUACGGAAAGUCAUAUAUUCCUACCUGAUGGAAUUGGAGAUGACUUAAUUAUUGAAGUGCAGGAUUCAAAAGGAAUUUAUUGUGGCCGUGCUAUUGCUCAGAUAGCUGAUAUUUCUGAAGAUCAUGGUGAGAAGCUACGUUGGUGGCCCAUAUACCAUGAACCAGAGCAUGAAAUUGUUGGAAGAGUACAAUUGUACAUAAACUAUUCUACCAGUGCUGAUGAUAAUCGUGAUACUAAGUGUGGGACUGUUGCGGAGACUAUUGCCUAUGACUGUGUUUUGGAGGCAGCAAUGAAAGUGCAGCAGUUCCAACAGAGAAAUUUAUUGCUUCAUGGUUCUUGGAGGUGGCUAGUAUCUGAAUUUGCAUCCUACUAUGGAAUCUCUGAUGCAUACACCAAGCUAAGGUAUCUUUCAUAUAUUAUGGAUGUUGCCACACCAACUGCAGACUGUUUGAAUUUAGUUCACGAUUUGAUAUUACCCGUGGUUAUGAAAGGAAGAACUAAGAACAGCUUGAGUCACCAAGAGAAUCGUAUCCUGGGAGAAGUUUCUGAGAAAGUUGAAGAGAUCAUUGCUUUGGCUUUUGAAAACUACAAGUCUCUGGAUGAAUCAUUGCCAACCGGGAUAGCUGAUGUAUUCAGACCAGCUACUGGCCUUGCUCCUCCUGCUCUUGCUUCUGCUUUAAAGCUCUAUAGUCUUCUGCAUGAUAUUCUAUCUCCGGAGGCACAGCUAAAGCUCUGCAGAUACUUUCAGAUUGCUGCAAAGAAGAGAUCCAAACAUCACCUGUCAGGGACAGAUGAAUUUGUAUCUAAUAACAAUGAGAAGUUUUUGAUGGAUCCUGUAGCUUUUUCAACAGCUUAUCAGAAAAUGGUCUCACUUUGUUUGAAUAUCAGAAAUGAAAUUCUUACUGACUUGGAGAUCCACCAACAAGAUGUACUGCCAAGUUUCUUGGACCUUCCAAAUCUGUCUUCAGCCAUAUAUAGCACAGAGCUAUGCAACAGAUUGCGUGCAUUCCUAGUUUCAUGUCCUCCCGCUGGCCCAUCAUCUCCCAUGGCAGAUCUCAUUAACGCAACGGCUGAUUUUCAGAGGGAUCUUACUUCCUGGAAUAUAAGUCAUGUCAAAGGUGGAGUUGAUGCAAAGGAGUUGUUCGACUUAUACAUAAAGCGCUGGAUCUAUGACAAACGGAUUUCUUUGCUUGAUUUGUGCAAGAUUGAUAAGAUGAAGUGGUCUAGCAUGGACACACAGCCUUCCACAACUCCUUUUAUCGAUGACAUCUAUGAUCGCUUGAAGGAAACCUUGAGUGAAUAUGAGAUCGUCAUCAGUCGCUGGCCCGAAUAUGUUUUUCCAUUAGAAAGUGCUAUAGCUGAUGUUGAGAGGGCAGUUAUAGAAACUUUGGACAAACAGUAUGCGGAGGUUCUGUCUCCACUCAAAGAAACAGGGAUGCCAUUUAAAUUAGGUCUGAAAUACGUCCAUAAAAUGACCAAGGGGAAUGUUUGUCCAUAUGCAGUUCCCAAUGAGUUGGGAAUUCUUCUGAAUUCCAUGAAAAGGAUGCUUGAUAUUGUACGACCCCAAAUAGAAGCUCAAUUCAAGUCAUGGGGUGCUUGCCUACCCAAUGGCGGCAAUGUCCUCGCAGGAGAGCGUAUCAGUGAAAUAACAAUAAUGCUUCGGACAAAAUUCAGAGGCUAUAUGCAAGCGUUGAUGGAUAGGCUUGUUGAAAAUACAAAGUUGCAGAACAGCACAAAGUUGAAGAAGAUAAUCCAAGAUGCAAAGGAGGGAAUAGUCGAAUCAGACUUGCGCAGUAGGAUGCAGCCUUUGAAGGAAAUGCUAGAAAAUAUGAUAGAACAACUUCAUGCAGUGUUUGAAACACAAGUUUUCAUAAUUAUUUGUCGAGGCUUUUGGGAUCGGAUGGGACAGGACGUGCUAAAGUUUUUGGAAGAUAGAAAAGAUAGCAGGUCUUGGUAUAAUGCCUCGCGUGUUGCAGUAACGAUUUUGGAAGAAAUAUUUGCCUCACACAUGCAGAAGUUGUUGGGAAAUGCACUUCAAGAGAAAGACAUGGAGCCACCAAGAUCCAUUCUCGAAGUUCGAUCAAUGCUUCGUAAGGAUGCAGCAAAUGACAAAGACAACGACUUCUUCUACUAAAAACGUUGAAUAAUUUUUUUUAAAUUCGUUCUACUAGUAUAUGGUGUAAAUAAUGUAUACCGGAAUGCUUGGAAUAUGCUCAUGCAUUUUUUUGCUAGAGUAUCCUAUGUCGUAGGGUGUUUUUUUUACUUCGUUUAGAAGUGCAGAGCGAAGAAAGUGAUUCGGUGAAGGUAUUCAGGUAGAGUAAUGAGGAAGAGAGAAAGUUUAGAGCUCAAAUCAGUAAGUUGUAUAUUCAAGGGUCUAAUGAAAACUUAAUUCUUUU